UCUUCUAGAAUAUCUCACCUUCUGAUCCGUUUGAUGUUUUAAUUAUAGAUUUAGAACUUUGUACCAAACUUAUGCCUGAAGGAAUCAACCAAGUAUCCCCACAGCCUUCCUCGGUGAAGUUUCAGGGGUCUCCCAGGAUACUCCAAAUACAACAUUCAAAACCUUCUACAGCUACUUGGAAACGGUACCACUAUUCAUCCCCGUUUAAUACAUUUUACUGUCCUCUUUAAUGGAGUAUACGCCGGUCUGGCAUACGGGUUAGACCAUUCCUAGUGGUGGCUGUCUCUGUUGAUAUGAAGAAUAUGCUACGAGUCCGUAGACCAGCAUAGUUCAUGCGAGGGAGGCAUGAGCCAAUCAAGCCCGUUUCCACACAUCCAGGCCACCGCGCGUAAAUUCGUUGAGAUAAUCCACAUUUUGGUGUUUGGUUGCAGAAAUUUAGUAGUAAGAUACCUAACCACCGACAUUCAAGCUGCGCUUGGAGUCUACUGAGUUGGUUCGCUGGGGUCCGAAAAAAAAAAACAAAUAUUCCGACCGCUUGACCCUGGAAAUGAUUGCUUGUCACCAAUUCAUUGGUGAGCGUCAAGUGUUUGAAAUAAUGCAACGAAGAAUAACUAUCUUUCCAGGUAUGCGGAAACCAAGUUCGAGUACUUGAAGCGAUGACAUCCAUCGCUUCAGUCGUCACUCUAACAGCGUGCAAAUCAGAAGCACACCCAAUCUCGAGGAUCGCGUUCCAUUGGCAUAUGGAAAUCUCCUUUGGGCGAGACCUAUCUCAAACUGGAUAAAAAGACCUUCAAAAUUCCAAUUGAUGUGAAGAAUGAACCGCCGUUAGAGGGGGGUGUGAUUACCAUUCUAAGCAAGCAAGGUGGUCGACUGGUUCUUGAACAAGAUCGCUUAUAUGUUUUCAAGGGCGGAACGACUAUAAGGCGGCGUCGAGGUUGAAGCCAUGAAGCUGGUAGCGAAGCACACCUCCGUCCCUCUUCCCGAAGUUAUCUACAGCGUCAUCAAUGAUUGCUGUGGUGAGAUCGGGAUGAUAUCUCUCGACCCUCUAAUUGAAAAUUUGGACUGCCCAGGAACCCCUCUAUGCACAGAUGAUGAUCUCAGAACCGGGACAUGCCGCCGCUAUCUCUGUUUCGGCGGCGUGCGAUAUAAAAUGAGUUAUCAGACAUGCUCCCUCGAUCAUCAGGGACUGUCUUCACACGCGCUGACAUUGCCCCACGAAACAUCAUGGUUGAUCACAAUUAUCGCAUCACCCGUAUCCUCGACUGGGAAUAUGCCGGGUGGGCGCUCGGUAGAAAUGGAUGGAUCUCCCUGUGAUCCGGGAAUUGGAUAUCUGGACAUUGUAGCUGCGAGGCGGGUUCUAUUUUGAUGGUACUUGCAAAUACUACUGCUAGGAGUACUACCACAGUCCGCUGUGAAAACGUACAGUUGCAAUGGCUGAGAUAUGGCUGAUCCGCCCUCUGAGCAUUACCCACUGAAGUAUUAAGCAUGUUCAAGCCACUCACUUGACUGAUUAGUGGUAAAGUGGGUUGACCAGCCCGGACAGGUGCAUUUUGUUACCUGAUAUUGUGUGUAUAUCAGAAAAGGAGUCGGGAUAAACACAUAUGACCAUAGGAAGUGGAAAACAGUGCUUCACGUCCGCUCAGCUGUACUUAAGCCACUCACCAGCUGGUUUUAAAAGGUUUUAUUUAAAAUAAAAUGAUUUGAAAUAGAGGUGCGGAACGCUAGUAAUUUAAGUGAUACAGAGAAUAUCAGCCCUCCUGAACCUGUU